GGCAGAACUCAAACUUGGGUCAGUUCGUUGGCAACCUAGCGAGAGCUCGACCCCUUACACUCUCGAUGAGAGCGACAUCUGCCUUCUGCGCGUCGGAGUUAUUAGAAGAUUAUCGGAUCUAAGCCGCGAUCCGUUGUUUACCUUCUGUUCUUCCAUUUUUGCCUUUCAGGCAAUUCCUCAUCAGGAUCUAACUAGCGAUGGAUUUCAUGAAGGUUCUGGACCAGACGGUGCGCGAGAUAAAGAGAGAGGUUAAUCUAAAAGUACUCAAGGUUCCGGAGAUCGAGCAAAAGGUCCUUGAUGCAACCAGUGAUGAACCUUGGGGUCCUCAUGGGUCUGCUCUGUCUGAACUCGCGCAUGCCACAAAAAAAUUCACUGAAUGCCAGAUGAUUAUGAAUGUACUUUGGACAAGACUUGGUGAUAAGAGCGCAAACUGGCGUCAUAUUUAUAAGGCUUUGUCUGUUAUUGAGUAUUUGAUAGCAAAUGGGUCUGAACGUGCAAUUGAUAACAUUCUCGAGCAAAGUCACCAAAUUUCUUCACUCUCAGGUUUUGAGUAUGUUGAGCCUAAUGGAAAGGAUGUUGGGAUCAAUGUAAGAAAGAAAGUUGAAACCAUUUUAGCUCUUCUUGAAGAUAAGGAAAAAAUGCAAGCUGUCAGAAAUAAAGCUGAUGCUACACGUGAUAAGUAUUUUGGGCUGUCAUCAACAGGAAUCACCUAUAAGUCUAGUUCAACCUCAUAUAGUGGCAGCAGUUUUCACCAGAGUGAUCAUUAUGGAACCUCAAGUGGUACAAGGGAGGAUGAGUCCUUCAAAGAUAGCUUUAGAGAUGGCAAGCAAAAUCAUGGAGGCAGUGAUGGACACACUAAGUCUAAUGAAGGCUUUUCGAAAGAAAAGGAAGGUAGCAGACUGAAGAAGGGCAUGUUGCAUAGUGCCAGCAACCAAAAGUUUCAGCGAAGCCCUUGCCUAAGCCGAGUAUCAUCUGCAAGCCCAAAUGCCAAGAUAGAGAGUAAUGAUGACGAGUUUGAUGAUUUUAAUCCACGUGGUUCUUCUACGAAAGUUGAAACAACUAAUAUAAAUUCAGCCCAAGUGGAUCUAUUUGGAGAAAGCUUAGUGGGUGACCUUUUGGAUGCACCGACAUCCAUGCCAACCGACUCAACAACCUUAAGUUCUACUGAAACACCUGAGGUUGAUUUGUUUUCUGAUGCAGCUUUUGUGUCAGCUGCACCUCACGUUGGAAAAAGCUCUCAUACUCAG